UGUUGAGUGAGUGAAGAUUAAUGUCGCGCUUUUCCCGUGCACGCACCUGCCUUGGGACUAGACUCCACCGGAGCUGCCUCACAUUUGAACUGGAAAACCUUGCGCGUGUCGGUGUAUCUGGAUUAACGGAAUGGAUUAGAGAUCUAAGAACGCCUCUUUCCCAUGUCGGAGGAGAUGAAGAAGCAGCACCCUCCUCUUCCUCACCAGGAUGUCCAGAGAGAGAUCAGAGAGGGGGAGUAACUGGGGAUACACCAUGAUGGAGCCCUGAUACAGAGGACAGAGCACAGUUAAAUGGAGGAGCGGGACAGAAGCCGCUCCCCGUCCCGCAGGACCAGUCGGGUGGAGCAGGUGGUGGGGCGAUGGCUACGACGCUCCAGGGAUUCCAGCAGCAGGUUAAUGGGAAGGCGGCUGCGGGGGGGAGAGUCUAGCGGUCAGGAUCAGAAGAACAGCUACCCGGUUAGACUGACCAUCCAGAUCCUACGAGACCCCCUCCUCAACACUCAUGGAAUCACCCUGACACCUCAGACACCCAUACUGGUGCAGGACAUCACCCCAGCGGGGCCGGCUGAUGGAAGGCUCAUCCCUGGCGACCAGGUCGUAAAGAUCAACAAUGUUGCCGUCGAUGACCUGACCCCAGAGCAAGCGGCUGACCUCAUCAGGGAGUGUCAGCACUCUGUGAUGAUAACGGUCCUCAGAAACUCAGCGGGACCCAAGUCUUCCUUCAUCACCCCAGAGAAGAGAGCUAAACUCCGGUCCAACCCGGUCAAAGUUCGCUUUGCUGAGGAGGUUGAGGUCAAUAGUCACUCUCAGGGCAACUCGCUGCUCUUCCUCCCCAACGUUCUAAAGGUGUAUCUGGAGAACGGACAGACCAAGGCCUUCAAGUUUGAACCCAACACCACUGUCAAGGACAUAGUAAUGACCCUGAAGGAGAAACUGUCUCUGUCUCGUAUUGAACACUUCUCUUUGGUUCUGGAACAGAAGUACAGCAUCAGUAAACUGCUGUUACUACAUGAAGAGGAGAGGAUACAACAGGUGGUUCAUCAGAAGGAAGUCCAUGACUACAGAUGUCUGUUCAGAGUGUGUUUUAUACCCAGAGAACCUGAGCACCUUUUACAAGACGACCCCACUGCCUUCCAGUACCUCUACCUGCAGGGUAUAAAUGACGUGCUACAGGAGCGUUUUGCAGUGGAGAUGCGUUGCAACACGGCCCUGCGUCUGGCAGCCCUGCACAUACAGGAGAGACUAGCCAGCUGUGGACAGUCACCUCGGACCAAACUCAAGAUCAUCACGAAGAGUUGGGGCAUUGAGAACUUUAUCUCUUCAACCCUCCUGAGGAACAUGAGGGAAAAGGAUCUGAGAAAGGCCAUUGGCUAUCACAUGAAGAAGAGCCAAUCACAGGAGCCAAAGCAGAAGGUGCUGUCGGCCAAUCAGGCGAAGAUUAACUACCUGGAGGAGCUGUGUGACCUCAAGUCCUUCGGCGGGAAGUCCUUCAGCGCCACCAUGAUGCUCCAGGACAGAGAGUCGAUGGUGACCCUGUUGGUGGGGUCGCGGUACGGUAUCAGUCAGGUGGUGAACCACAAACUGAGCAUCAUGACCACCCUCACAGAGUUCAGCAGUAUCACACGCAUAGAGCUGCUACCAGAGUCUGACCGCGUCAGUCUGGUCAAGAUAUAUCUACAGGACAUCAAGCCGAUCACCCUGUUGUUGGAGUCAGUAGCAGCUAAGGAACUGUCCUGUCUGGUGGCAGGGUACUGUCGUGCCCUAGUGGACCCCAGCCUCAUCAUCUUCCCUGGACACAGGACGAAGCAGCACCGCGUGUCUGCCGAGGAGGGUAUGCUACCACACACACACACACACACACACACACACACACACACACACACACACACACACACAAAAGGAGAGGAGGAGAGAGGAGGAGGGGAGAGGAAAGGAGUGGAGGAGAGAGGAGGAGGGGAGGUUCGGGGAGCUAUGACAGAAGAGCACCGGUCCGUAUCAGAGGAGGCAUCAGACUCGUGUCGUACUGAUUCUCGUUUCAUAACCAGCAUCUCCAGUGACUCCCUGGAUGCUCUGGAGGAAGAUGACCUGAUCGCCUGCUCUUCCUCCCUCCUCACCCUCACCCUCCCUUCCGCCUCACAGUGGAGCCCCCUCAUCCCCAGCCUCACCCACGAGAGGUGCAUCCUCACCCCAAGGAGUGGCAGGAGAGGAGGAGAGUGGAGAGGAGGGGGAGGAGAGUACAGAGGAGGGGGAAGAGGGAGGAGAUCGGUCAACGGAGCUUGGGUCAACUCUCACCAUUCUCCCAUGACCCCUGACUCUAUGAACUCUGAACCUGUGACCCCCGUGGUUGACCCCUCUGAGAACCUGAACUACGCUGAGCUCUCUCUCAUGCUGGAGUACCUCCCCAGUCCUCCGGAGGCGAGUGACGAUGAGGAUGAGGAGGAGAAGAGGGAAGAGAGGAGGAGGAGUAAUGAAGGAACUGGACAGGAGGUAUUGUCUGUAUCCGGAUGUCUCCGGUCCUCCUCCUCCUCACUUAUGGACUGUGUGUUUACCUUCGAGCAGAGCGACGCGAGGCAUUACUACAAUAUCUGCCCUAAUGUUACCCCCGACAGCACCCACAGCCUCACCCACCCUCACCCUGAGACUGAGGAAGAGGAAGGUGGUGGUGAGGAGGAAGAGCAGGGGGCGCUCCUAACCCUAGAGCCCGUGCCCAUCCUCCAGCCGCCUCCAGGGUUCGGAGACAGCAGUUCUGACGAGGAAUUCUUUGAUGCGAGGGAUCGGAUCGCCACCGACUUCACCUCAACAGUCUCCUACCCUGGACCGGACCAAAACCAGGAGCGGAACUGGAACCCAGAUCAUGUUCCUGAUCAGCAUCUGGACCUGGCACAGAACCGGACAGAGAGCUCAGACGAAAGCCAGCAGCUGAGUCUGGACCCAGAACCAUCUGAGCAGAGCCAGAACCCAUGUCCUACUAUCUCCUCUGAGCCACGCCCGAGGGUGAGGGCGUCCCAGCUCGAGUCCAAGCCUAUCCCUGCCAAGCCCAGCCCAGAGGGGUCCCAUCGGGGACCUGGAGAGCCACGUGUGCUUGGUAACCCAAAGGGAAAUCCACGGGCGCCUGAUAACCCGAAGGGUGACCUCCAUAGGAGCUCCAGGAACAGGCGGCAGUCCAUGGAGACGGAGCCCGACAUGAUGGAGUCCAAAUCGGUCACGGCCCUGGACGGCAGCCUCCUCUCCAUCACGGCUGUCCGCUGUAGAGUAGAACCAGAUGGCAAGGAGAGCCCUGAUCAGAGAGGAGACGGGGAGGAGGAAACCCUCACCCUCUCUGGGGUGGGAAGCCCCAACAGGAGCCCCUCUCCGGAGACCACCAGCAACAAGACUGAGGUAAUGGUCACCACCGAAACCACCAAGUACGACGAUGUCACAAAGGUGGCAACAGGGGAGGAUUUGAAAGAUUCCGGGGUGGCGUUGGUAGAAUCGGAUGAUUCUGAGGUUACGCUGACAGAAUCGGAGGUUGGCGAGGUUGUUGUGGAGACGGCCGGGGCGGAAAUCACGAGGUUGAUGGUUUCAGAGGUCAAGGAGGUGAUCGAGAAGGUCGUGAUGAGUCUAGUGGUGACCACACAGAGUCUAGUGGUGACCACACAGAGUCUGAACGGACCGGGGCUCAGCUUCCCUGGUUCUAACAUGAGAGGACAGCCAUUUGGGAGCAAUAGCUUCUGUAGACCCCCAGGUGAGGAGGCAGGCCUGCUGAACACUCUGACUACAGGGUGUGGGGUCUUCACCUCCACCUGUGAGACCCAGCCCAACCAGGCCCACAUGGAAUCCUAUUCGCCGGCCAAGCCUGACUUUGGGUGUAGCUCGGUGCUGGCGUCAGGGUGCGAGACGGUCAUGGAGGGGGUGCAGACGCCCCUGGAGUCAAGUCUCCAUGAUGAUAUCAGCCGACUACGCCACCGCCGCUUCCCACCGCCCCCGCAGGGUUCCAGACCGUCCGGAGCGCGUGGACGAGCUUCUCACCCUCCUGCAGGGGGAGGAUGGGGAGCAGAGGGGGAGGCACCCCAGGGAGACCUGCGCCACCCACUUCUCAGAGAACAAGCGUCUUCUCCACGGGAGGCCCGGAGGCUGAUGGCUGGCUGUCAGAAGGUGGUCCGGGUGGGGCAGACCCCAGACGAGAUGCUCUUCUCCCUCUCCGACAGCUUCAGGACCCUGGUGGGCAUGGCCGGCAUGUGCCUAUGGUUCUCUGGGUGCGACCGGUGCGACCGGAGGAAUGCCGAGGCACUGGCGGGGCUGGCGGACGUGGCCAGAACGUACCGGGAGUUUGUACUGGCGGCGGAGAGGGCGAGCGGGAGGCGGAGCUGUCAUGACCUCAGCACCAAGCUCCUUGCCAAGCAGUGUACCGCCCUCACUGCUUCCGUCUUCUGCCUCACACAGCUGUUCCGCACACUCACCGCACUCUGAACUGAACCAACGAUC